UUCAGUCUAUUUCCAGUGCGUUUUGACUGAUUUUCUCACCUUCUCUGCAAAAAUGGAAGAGGCAGCCAAAGGUAAGGGAACAGUGACGUCACUCUCCUCCUUGUUCCCUGUAGAAGACGCACAGAAAGCAGCGAAGCGCCUACAGGACUCGAUCGCCGAGAGGCAACAGAUGCUGGACCAGCUCGGAGGCUUCGUCGCCGACAACGCCAGCCUCAUCAACCUCGUCCGCCGCCUCCCCGACCACCUCCACCACGAUAUUAUGGUUCCGUUUGGGAAGGCAGCAUUCUUCCCUGGGCGUUUGGUGCACACUAAUGAAUUUCUGGUUCUGCUGGGAGAAGGUUACUAUGCAGAAAGGACAUCGAGGCAAACAUUGGAGAUUUUGAAGAGAAGAGGAAUGGCAUUGGACUCCCAAGUGGAUUCUCUCAAUGCCAUGCUUCAUGAUCUUAGACUCGAGGCUUCCUUUCUUGAUGCUACGGCCUCUGAAGCCGUGGAGGGCCUUGUAGAGAUUAGGGAAGAUUAUGCGGAGGAAACUUCUUCUGAAAAAGAAUCUGAGCCAGGUCUACGUAAGCAAGCUUCUUCUAGUUCUUCUGGAGCGGACUUUACAAAGGUUGCAGAUGAAGAUGAAGAAUUUGCUCGUAUAGUGUCCAGGAUGGAUGAACUGGAGAAAGAAGAACUUGAAGCUGAAAAUGAGGCAGUGAGCCUAGAGCAAACUAAAGAUGAAUUUGCAGCAGAAAGUUAUGUUGAGAGCGAUGAAGAUGAGCAAGUUGAAGCUGAUUUGCAUCAGUAUUCAGAUCAUAAAUCUCUUCAUCAGAAUGUCAAAUUUUCUGAGAAAGCAAUGUCAAGAAAACCUCCAGAACUGACAGAGGAUGGAAUUGCUGCCAACAAAGAAAGUUUUACUGAUCAGCUAAGUUGUUUAGGCCUGACAGUGCAACCUAUAGCGAAAGUACAAGAUAGAAGUUCGCAUGGAAAUAUAUUAGCGAGUGAUGUUAAAAGUUCUUCUGGGAAAGCUUUGGUGGCUCCUCAAGUUCACAAUGCUCAAGCUGUGCGCUUAUCAAGAAGUCAGGAGGUCCCUCUUCAAAGUUCAAAACCAGAAUUUGAUGGUCAGAAAGCUUUUACAGGUUCCAUUAUUGAACGCACUCACAAUCUACGGACAACUUCAAGGGAACAAACUACAACUACGUCACAGUCUUCUGGUUCUCAACCUCCAAAGCCAGUUUCAAGAUUCAAGAUGCAGCGAAAAUAGUUAGCUGUACUGUUGAGAUAUGAGAUGAGGGAGUGCUGACACCACAAGGGUCGUUUUGGAAUCUGAUGACAGUGACCAGCACGACAACUUUAAACUGCUUGCCUUGGUUCCAACUGUGGUGCAAAUUCCAAGUUAAAUAGUUCAUUUUGGAGCAAAGCAAACUGGGAAAAAGAAAAAUAAUUGUGCCCUACUUUUUGUAGAAUAGCGAAAGUUUUGCUUGACUUGUCGUAUCGGGUAACCUUAUUUGAGCGUCCAAUGUCAAAAUUGAUUGUACGUUUGUUUUUCUAAAUAAUGUAUGUUAAUCAGCUUUACUGUCCCAUCAUUCUAA